AUGGCGUCUUAUAAUGAACACGACUACUACGACCUUGACUCCGACGUAGAGACGACUACCGAAGCCUUCGCACCCCCUUCCGCGGCCUUCCCGUCCGAUCACAACAACCUGAGCUUCCUCCCCAACACCAUCCACUCGGGUCUGGCUAGUCAGAGGUCCACGAGGUCCAACACCCUCUCCUCCGACUAUAAUCCUAACCAAGUUAUCAAGAGGAAACCGCUCUCUGCCACCGCUUCCGCCCUCGCCGUGCGCUACUCCAGCUCAACCUCAAACCCUCUCACCUCGCAUACAAACUCCCCGACCACCUCGCAGGACCCGAGGUCGUCACCUGGCGCACUGGCGUACCAACCCUCUCACUCCCGUGAGACGUCGGUCUACUCGACUUCCUCCUACGCCUUUAGCGAAGUGUACACCCCACCUUGCAUCGCUUCUCCGUCGCCGGCGGCUGAGAUCGAAGAGAUGGAGGAUGAGCUAAAAGCCAUCAGCGCCGAAUUGGCUGCGUCCAUUCGGCGCGAGAUGGACCUAGAGGACGUGGUUGACCGGCUUCAGUCCGAGGUCAACAACCCCCAAGCGCCCGGGAAGCGCACGAGCGAUUACUAUUCGGACUCGGGUAUUAGCUCAGCCAAGUUUAGCGAGUUCGACCAGACCCGAGAAGAAGUCGAAAGGGUCCAGCGAAAGUCUGACCAAGAAAAGGCCCAGCUGCGCCUUGAAUUAACAACCAAGCUCCAAGAUGAGCGGGAUAAGAGGAAGGUCCUGGACCAGCAGAUCCGGGAGCUGUCCGACAAGGCUUCGCAGAUGGACGCCGCGCGGGUGAAGAGCCUGGAUGCGAGCGGUCGCCUACGAGACCUGGAAGACACCUGCGAGGACCUGCGGAGGAAGCUGGCCGAGGAGCGCCAAACGAAGACGAACUUUGAAGAGCUCCUGGGGGCUCUCAAGAACGAGCUUCAGACGGCAGCCAACGAGCGCGACAACCUCAGGGACGAGGUGAUUCCGCAACUCCGUUCACAGGUGGAGGGGCUCGAGGCGGAGGCGGCCGAUCAGACCAAUUUUGCCUACGAAACGACCAAGAUGCAGCAGGAUUUGGAGACGCUCCGGCUCGAGAACAUGAACCUGCGAAAGUCCAAGGAGGACAUUGAAGCUCGCGCAACGCGGGCCUCGAUGACGCUUACGCGGUCCAACUCGGUAUCGCAGGCGAAACCCUUCAAGCUCCAGCAAGCACCGCCUGGCCUCCAUCGGUCCAACACGACAAAGAAGUUGGAGUCUAAGGAAGCUUUGGGGGAGCGGCUCAAGGAUGUGGAGGCGCAGAGGGAUGCUCUACACAACGCACUCAAGAGUCUGCUCGAACGCCAGGAGCACCAAAACCGCGAAAACGAGAAGAAGAUCAAGUUUCUCGAGGGAGAGCGCGAGCGCCUGCUCCAGGAGUCGCCGCAGAAGGCCGGAUACGAGAAGGAUAUUGCCAAUCUCCGCGCCGAGGUAUCGGUGCUCCGCCGGCGAGCGGAGGACGCCAUCGACCAAAAGUGGCGGAUCGAGAAGGGCUUGAUCAGCCUCAAGUCCAGCGGGUCCAGCAACCUAAGCAGCUCAAGCGGAGGUUCGGCGGGCCUGGUCACAUCGGAGACGCUUGAGCGUGCGUACAAGGAACUUCAAGCCAGCUACCAGGAGUCUCUCGAGCGCAUCAAGAGGCUCGAGGCUGAAGGCAGCCUUAAUGUCUCGGACGAGAAGACGCAACUCGCGCUCCGGCGGCUCGAGAUGUCGCUGGAGUCGGCCGUCUCGGAGCGAGACAUGGCGCGCGACGAGGUGGCGACGAUUGCGGCACAGGCCAAGGCGCUGGCAGCAAGUGAAGCCUCGCGCCUCGAGCAGGAGCGCGGCCUUUCGGACGAGCUCAGCGAGUCGGCACAGCGAGUGGAGCAGCUCGCGGGCCAAGUGCAGGCGCAACUCAAGGCAAACGCAGACCUUCGACAGCGACUCUCGGAGGCGGUCUCCCGGGGAGAAGAGGACCGAACCUCCAACACGGAGCGGGUGACGCGUCUCCAGAACCGGCUCAAGUUGCUGGAGGAGCAACUCGUAGCGGCUCAGACAGCAUCGGAAGACCGUGUAGCGCGGCACGAGGCGGAGAUCUCGUCGAUUAAAGAGGCGCAUAACACACAGCUGCGCCGCAUGGCGUCAUCGCCGCUCGCGAGUCCCAACCCUCUUCGGUCUCCGGCUCUCCGGCCAUCGUCGAGGGCGCUUCUUAGCCCGCUCCCGUCACCCAUGUUCCCGCGGUCGCCGCGACAGCCGCCCACCAAGACGCUCGAGGAUGAGGCCGAGGUGGCCAGACUCCGGGACCGCGUAGCGGAGCUGGAGAUGGCGGUGGCUGAGUCUGACCGAGACAUGCAAGACGUGGUGGCCAAGAUGAGCUCGGCGCAAAUGGAGGUGAUGACACUCCAAGAAGAGAGGGACCAGGCAGUCCGGCAGAGCAAGAAGCUCCAGCAGCAAUUGGACGAGGAGAAGGUGAAGCAGUUUGAAGAUCGGUUCCGCUCGCUUGCCCGAAGCGGGACUGUUGCUUAA